AUGGCGGGAAUUCUCGGUAUACAUCCUGGAUCUUGCCGUAACAAUUUCAAACCUCGAGGGUAUAUAACGAAGCAGGAUCCAGGCGAGCUUGUAAAUUUGGGAAACAUGGAGGCACCGCACAUCCAGCCCGUUUUCGUCCUUCUAGGCAUUGUCUUCGUCACUUGGCGAUUAAUCAAGCACGUCUGGACUCCUGAAAGCGUGCUUCAUAGACUUCCAGGCCCUCCAAGAGCCUCCUAUCUGACAGGGAAUCUUCCUCAGUUCCUUUCUCGUCAUGGCACUGAAUUCCAGAGACAUGUGGCACUGGAUUAUGGCCUGGUUUCAAAGAUACACGGUCCUAUGGGUAGCAUCAUCCCAUACAUCUCCGAUCCCAAAGCGCUACAUUCGAUUCUGAUCAAAGAAGAAGAUAUAUUCCAGGAGACUGAUCAUUUUUUCACGGAAAACAACCUUCUAUUAGGACCCGGCCUCCUUUCGACUGCUGGAGACGUGCAUCGAAGACAACGGAAGUUGCUUCUUCCCGCAUUUUCGUCAACCCAUUUGCGAUCCAUGCUCCCACUUGUCUACCAAAUUGCGUAUAAGCUUCGUGAUGCCAUUUCGGCCCAGGUGAAGACCGAACAAGAAGAUAUUGAUAUGCUAUCUUGGAUGGGGCGUACUGCGCUCGAAGUGAUAGGACAAGGCGGACUAGGAUACUCCUUCGAUCCACUCGUCAAAGACGCAGGCGACGAGUAUGGACACGCUUUAAAACACUUAGUCCCGAGUAUGCAGCGGUUUUCUGGGAUGCGGAAUAUCGUCUACUUCUUCUCAAAGAUAGGCCCGGCUUGGUUCAGGCGUCUCUUACUGGAUAUGAUUCCGUAUCAGCAUCUCCAGACACUCAAAAAGAUUGUGGAUACUAUGAGCGAGAAGUCACAAGAGAUCUACGAGGCGAAGAAAGCUUCACUUUCGAUGGGCACUGAAGUGCUUCUAGAGCAGAUUGGAGAAGGAAAGGAUAUCAUGAGCAUUCUGAUGAGGGCAAACAUGGCAACAUCAAGUGCCGAAAGUCUCUCUGAAUAUGAACUCGUAUCACAGAUAUCUACAUUGGUAAUUGGAGCGACGGACACAUCUUCAAACCUAAUGGCUCGUAUACUGGAACGCCUGGCAGACAAUAUUGAUGUACAGGAGAAACUCCGACAGGAGAUUCUUGACGCAAAAGCUGGUCUCGGCCUAUCAUUCGAUGAUCUGUUCCAGUUGCCUUACCUCGAUAACAUUUGUCGCGAAACUCUACGUUUGGAUCCGCCUCUUGUGUUUACGUUCCGUACAGCAACACAGGAUACGGUCUUACCACUUUCAGAGCCGGUUGUUGCCAACGAUGGCAGCCUGAUUAAUGAACUUCCGAUUUCCAAAGGCACCAACGUGUUAAUCGGAGUCCUUGGCUGCAAUGCCAAUAAAGCACUCUGGGGCGAAGAUGCGUUCGAUUGGAAGCCGGAGCGCUGGCUAUCUCCUUUACCUAGCGCCGUUACAAAGAAUCCUAUCCCUGGGGUAUACUCUAACCUGCGGAAAGAGAUCCUGCAUACGAGAUUUAAUAGCGGCUUCAAGUUUUCAGAGAUGGAGAUGAAAGUCGUACUUUCUGUCCUUCUCUCUCACUUCAGGUUUCGUCCGAGCGGAAAGCCGAUCGAGUGGAACGUUGGGGUGGUGCGUUAUCCUACUAUCGGCAAGAUUAGUGGUGCACCACAAUUGCCGCUCAAAGUCGAGCCGCUCGAAUCUUCAUCGAGAUCGCUGGCCUGA